AUGACGCAGCCACCCCCCCUUUUUGUGGCAGUAAAGGCCAAUCCCAAAGACAAGGCCGCUCGUCAGGUAGAAGCCGACAGAGAGCAGGGCCAGGAGUUCAAAGUCAGGCAUCAGUUCAAGCUCCUGAUCUCGGAUGUCUUCCAGCAGUACGAACCGCAGAUGCUGGAUAAGUUGGACCAUUUCUUGGACAAAUACAAAGGGCAAGAACAGUUUCUUUAUUUGGCAGUAUGCGAGAAAUUCAAUGUCGAGCCUAGGGUAAAGGUUCAGAUCACCAAGAAGGAAGAAAAGCUUCCAGUUUUGGACAGCGACAGACCGAACCUCGUGGGCGAGCAGGGCCCGGACAUGAAGCCGAAGCUGAGCGUGACGGACACCGAAGCGAGCACGGGCCACAUCUCGGAGGCCACCUGCAGCGACGAGUCGGAGGGUGAGCACAGCCCCGCCCAGCGGGUCAACAGGGACCCCGAUGCCGCCAUCCAGAACGUGCCCGCUGCAUGGAGGAGGCCACCGCCGGGGCUCUUCAGCGCCGCCGGCAGCGCCGCCGUCCCGAAGCGCGGCCGGUCUCCGCCGCGCGGGCAGUCGCCGCCGACGGCGCCGCCGACGGUGCCGCCGACGGCGCCGCCGACGGGGCCGCCGACGGCGCCGCCGACGGCGCCGCCAAGCGCGACGCCGAAGCCGUGGAGGAGCACAAUUGCUGAGCCCGCCGUGGGCACGGCGAAGCUGCCAACGCCACCUGCCGGGACAGACGUCGGCCGCCGGCCCGACCCCGUUGAGGACGCCGCUGAGGACGAAGCUCUCCUCGAAGGCGAGCCUCUACGUGCCGAAGGACGCGACGGCCAACACAGUCGUGCCGAUGCAACGAAUCACCCCUGCGGUGCAGGGCCUCUCCGCCUCUGCGCAGGAGAGACCACCAACUGCUGCCUCGUUAUGCGCGACGGACUUCUGCAGGACAGGCUGGUGGACUUCCCGCAGCAGCCGGUGGCCUGCCAGCCGCCGCAUGAUCCGCCCCGUGGUCUGACCACGCGGGGUGCCGAGCGAGGGCCCCGAUGA